AUGGCGGGCAACCCGUUGAGGCCAUUACAGGGCGGUUCGAGGCGAACGACGCUUUUUCGGGAGCCACGGAAACUGGUGUCACGCACACGUACUGAGGAGCGCCAGGUGGAGGGCGGGGGGUCGUCGCGCGAGCCGCGGGCGGAGGCGGCGCGUCGCGAGGUGGUGAGUGCCGCGCCCGCGCACGGCGGGGUCACGAUCAACGGCACGUCGGGGGGCCCGCGCUCCUCCAUGCCGCUGCCGCGCCAACGCUCUCACCGGAACCCGCCGUGCUCGGACGCCUCCAGGUGCUCACAUUCCAGCACGGCUCUCUCGAAGGCCGACGCCGUCUCCAGCAGGGCAAUGGCCGUGUUUUGCAUAGAUGCGCGCUUAUCUCCACUCCCUCCUCUGAUUUCGAUACGUAUAGGUCACGUUAGGUUAACU